AUGUCAGAUUCUUGGGUUCCGUUGACUCGCCGUGAUCGUCUUUAUAACAAUAACCGUAACAAUACUCAUCACCAACGCCGUGAAGCCGCCGCGUUUAAAUCUUCAGUUGAUAUUCAACCGGAAUGGAAUAUGCUUGAGCAGAUUCCUUUCUCAACUUUUUCAAAGCUUUCAUUUACAGUUCAAGAGCCUGAAGAUCUUCUUCUUUGUGGUGGGCUUGAGAGUUAUGAUCGGAGUUUUGAUCGUAUCACACCUAAAGCUGAUCGUAGACUUGAGCGUUUCAAGAACAGGAGCUUUAAGGUUACUACAAGUGAUGAUCUUGUGAUUAGGCGUCUUGCUAAGGAAGAUAAAGCUACUGUUUUUGCUACUGAUGCGAUUUUAGCUGCUCUUAUGUGUGCUCCUAGAUCGGUUUAUUCUUGGGAUCUUGUGAUUCAACGUGUUGGGAACAAGCUUUUCUUUGAUAAGAGAGAUGGGUCACCACUAGAUUUGUUAUCUGUUCAUGAGACUUCUCAAGAUCCUUUGCCCGAAGCUAGGGAUGAUAUUAACUCUGUUCAUUCUCUAGGUAUGGAGGCUGCUUAUAUUAAUCAGAGUUUUGCACAGCAGGUUUUGGUUAGGAAUGAGAAAAGAGAAGCUUUUGAUGAGCCAAGUCCUAAUGUUAAUGAAGGUGAAGAGAAUGCUUCUGUUGCUUAUAGGUAUAGGAGAUGGAAGCUUGAUGAUAGUAUGUAUUUAGUUGCUAGAUGUGAGUUACAGAGCACUGUUGAUCUGAAUAACCAGAGAUCGUUCUUAACUUUGAAUGCUCUUAACGAGUUCGAUCCUAAAUACUCUGGUGUUGAUUGGAGACAAAAGCUCGAGACUCAAAGAGGUGCGGUUUUAGCUAAUGAGUUGAAGAACAAUGGUAAUAAGUUGGCGAAAUGGACCGCGCAAGCUAUCUUGGCUAAUGCUGAUAUGAUGAAGAUUGGGUUUGUCUCAAGGGUUCAUCCUCGUGAUCAUUUCAACCAUGUUAUAUUAUCGGUUUUGGGGUAUAAGCCGAAGGAUUUCGCUGGGCAGAUCAAUCUUAACACUAACAACAUGUGGGGAAUAGUGAAGUCGAUUGUUGAUCUGUGUAUGAAGUUAAGUGAAGGAAAGUAUGUAUUAGUGAAGGAUCCAUCGAAGCCUCAAGUUAGGAUUUACGAAGUUCCGGCUGAUGCAUUUGAGAAUGAUUAUGUGGAAGAGCCUCUUCCCGAGAAUGAACAGGUUCAGCCACCUGAGGAGAAUACUGAAGCAGGAGCUGAGACUAAUGGAGCUUCCUCUACUAACGUAUCUGCAGAAGAUAAGAAACCCGAAGAUCAAGCCUGAUUGUGAUGAUAUGGUAUAUUUUGAGUUACUUUUCAGAAAUGUUCCCAAAUUGUUCACUGUUCAUAUAAUAGACAGUUUAUGUGAUUGGUUCAUACUCUUUAGCUGAAUGAUUAAAGAUUGUUGUUGUUUUUGAA